AUGAGAGACUGCUCUUGUCAACUCCCCAGCCUCUUCUCCAAUACCCCGCUUCUCCAAAAACUGAUAUACCUGGACAUAUCCAAUCUUCCGGGAUCCGUACUCCCGCUGCUUCAGUCAAACGCAUUGCCGGCCCUGCGAAUUCUGAAGGUGAGAGGAAGAGAAUUGGACGAUUCGGCAUUGUGUCUAUUGAUUAGCCGAUUUGGACUUCGACUUUGGAGCUUAGAUGUGAGUAGCAACAAGAUCUCAGAUGAUGCGGUCCAGAGUUUCCGAGAUUGGGGCUUCUCCGGCGCACCGUUGCGCACUAAUACCCAUAUGCAAGUUGAAGGAAACAUCGUUACACCGUCUAUGGGAACAAGUGACUACGGGGAAUUUCUCGCCAUACAAGAGUCUGAUUUUAGUUCUUCGUUCUGUCACCCAGAGCGAUACUUGGUCGAUGCGCCAGCUUAUACCAGCAGUGUCAGCAUGGUUCUGCAGGAGUAUCAAGCUCAGAGGUUGGAUGGAAGCAAAGCGGUGCGACAAGACAGUGCUGACGCCGCGAAAAACAUAUUAUUAGAGGAACAUGGAUCGCGCCUAGGAGCAGACGACUACCUAUGCUCUACGGGCAUCACUCAUCUUCGUCUAUCGUAUAAUACGAUUUCCGCCCACGGAGUACAAAAGCUUGUACGUAUAUCGAACGGCCACAUAGAAGAUCUAGCUUGCGAUUCUAUGCCUCUGCUUCCUAAGGUUGGGAGUUACCGGAAAGCUUGGCCACCGGAUUCCGACCUGCACGGCAUUCUGGGCGCGGCACAUUUGUUCAGGCCUGUAUUUUCGUCCAACCUCCGUGUACUCCGAAUUCACCAUUCUCUGGUAACGAAUAUACCGAGUCUGCGGGUAGUGGGAUUGUCGUCCUCGGGAAGACAGUUUCUGGCCGAGACGGCGAUUCUACGACGCGUAGAGAUUGCUUAUCCCCAAACAUUCAUACCCGACAUGAACCCGCGUCUGCUAUCCCUCACCCUGACCUGUCUUCCCCUUCGCUCAUCCGGGCCGCUGAUUUCGCGACUACUGCAAUUCCUCAAACUGCUUGCCACUCAGGAGCGCGGAAUCCAGGACGCGUCAUUUGGCCCAUCAACGCGGCACAGCCCGGGCGUCUUACAGGGUCUGAGACAUUUGAGGUUAGAAUUCGAACGCGAUUCUAUGGAAGACACUUUCAUCCCAGAAGAUGUUGACCCAGCGGAGUUGAUGAAUAGUGGGGAAAAGGUCUUCAGUUUUUUCGAAGAUGAACGGACAGAGAGCCGGUCGAGAUCGUCCAGUAGACGAGUGUUGCAUUCCAAAAGGGUGGCCAUAGACAGCCGAGCUGCAGUCGAUGACUGGGCGUCUGGAACCGCCCGAGACAGCUCAGAGUUUAUCAUAUAUGAUGCCGACUGGAACGGGGACAGAUUUUCCAUUCCCGUAUGGGCAGGUCCGAACAACCCUGAUGCGCCAGAAGUACUUAAAGAUUACCGACGCCUGGUUCUUGGGCGCCACGUACGGGAUGGAGUUGGGCCUGUAAGCCCUGCUCAAAUGUUAGCUGGGGCACCACCCGAGUCUUUCAUCUUUCAUGUUGCCUGGAGUGCCGCGGUGAUGCCGCCCGACCUGCGACCGCCAACUCGCAGCGAAGUUGCUGGAAUGAGGGAUGUCCUUGACGAACUCAGGGCAUAUAGGUUGAGUGGUCGAGCCAACUACCUUCAUCACAAGAAGCUGGCACAAAUGGCUGGCCAUCAUGUUUCACUCGGACAACCACACUACUUUUGGACUGGACGUUUAGAAGUCUCAACUGAAGCUACGCCACCUCUGGUGCCGUCCUCGCAGUACUGGAGGUAG